AUGAAGGUCGCGGCGUUGGUGCUUUUGGGCAUCGCCCUCCUGUUCGCGAGCGUGCACGGUCAGGAUGAGAACAACAAGUUCGAGGGUCCUAUCAUCGGUAUCGAUCUCGGCACGACCUACUCCGUGGUAGGCAUCUGGAAGAAUGGCCGAGUGGACAUCAUCGCCAACGACCAGGGUAACCGAAUCACCCCGUCCUACGUGGCCUACGUCUACCAGAUCCGCAACACCAUCCAGGACAAGGAGAAGAUCGAGGACAAGCUCAGCGAGGACGACCUCGAGACCCUCGAGACGCUCGUCAAGGACUCCCUCGAGUGGCUCGACGACCACCAGGAGGCCGACAAGGACGACUACGAGGAGAAGAGGAAGGAGAUCGACCAGGUCGUCUCCCCCCAUCUUCACCCGCAUGGCGGUUUCCCCGGUGGCGCCGACGGUGCCGACGAGGACUUCGGUGCCUACGACGAACUGUAA